AUGGCCGAUCCUCGCUUGAGUCAGAUCAAGAUCAAGGCCGGCGUAGUGAAGCGAUUGGUCAAAGAAAAAGCGAUGUACGAAAAAGAAGCACAGCAACAAGAAGGAAAGAUUGAAAAAAUGAAAGCUGAAGAUGGCAAAAAUUAUGCCAUUAAAAAGCAGGCAGAGAUCCUGCAAGAGUCCCAGACGAUGAUCCCAGAUUGCCAGCGCAGGUUAGAGGUGGCUUUUACUGAUCUUCAGCAAAUAUUAGAAAGUAAAAAAGAUUUGGAAGAAGCUGAAGAAUAUAAAGAAGCACGUUUAGUUUUGGAUUCAGUGAAGUUAGAAGCCUGAAACUUUUCUGUACAGAAUGUUUUUCCAUUAAAUCCUGGGGUC